AUGAGUGCGAAAUCGAAGAGGAGAAAUGUGACUGAAAAUGGGGGUGAUACUGGGGAGGAGAGUAUUCUCAUGACCAUGGUCAAUAAUGGGGAGGAUUUGGGACCUAUGGUCAGGCUCUCCUUCGAGACAGGAAAGCCCGAAUCUCUUUUGCAGCAGCUUAAGAAUGUAGUAAGAAAGAAAGAAGUUGAAAUCGAGGAUCUUUGCAAACUUCAUUAUGAAGAUUUUAUUCUUGCAGUUGAUGAGCUACGUGGUGUUUUGGUUGAUGCAGAAGAGCUGAAAGGGGAGCUUGCUAGUGAUAAUUUCAAGUUACAAGAAGUCGGUAGUGUAUUACUCAUGAAACUCGAAGAGCUUCUUGAAUCUUAUUCAAUUAAGAAGAAUGUCACGGAAGCCAUUAAAAUGUCAAAAAAUUGCGUUCAAGUAUUAGAUUUGUGCGUCAAGUGUAAUACUCACAUAUCUGAAGGUCAGUUUCAUCCGGCUUUAAAAGCUGUUGAUCUGAUUGAGAAAUUUUUUUUGCAUAAUAUUCCUGUCAAGACACUCAAAAUUCUGAUAGAGAAGAGAAUGCCGUUGAUCAAAAUGCACAUUGAGAAGAGAGUUUGCAGUGAAGUUAAUGAAUGGCUAGUUCACAUAAGGAGUGCUGCAAAGAACAUUGGGCAAACUGCUAUAGGAUAUGCUGCUUCUGCUCGUCAGAGGGAUGAGGACAUGCUCGCUCGUCAAAGGAAAGCAGAGGAACAGAGUUGUUUCGGUCUAGGAGAUUUCACUUACACCUUAAAUGUUGAAGAAGUUGAUGAAAAGUCUGCCCUAAAAUUUGAUCUCACACCUCUUUAUCGAGCACAUCACAUUCACACCUGUCUUGGGAUCCUAGAACAGUUUCGUGAUUAUUAUUACAAAAAUCGGUUUCUCCAGCUGACUUCAGACUUGCAAAUAUCCACAGUCCAUUCAUUCCUUGAAUCCCACCAGACCUUUUUGGCUCAUAUCGCAGGUUAUUUUAUUGUUGAAGAUCGGGUUUUAAGAACCACCGGCGGGCUGCUUUCACCGAAUCAGCUUGAGACAAUGUGGGAAACAGCCGUGGCUAAAGUAGUUGCAGUACUGGAGGAACAAUUUUCCCAUAUGGAUACAGCAAGCCAUCUCCUCCUGGUGAAGGAUUAUGUAACUCUCUUUGGAGCAACCCUCAAACAAUAUGGUUAUGAAGUCGGCCCGAUUCUUGGUACUUUGAAUAGUAGUCGUGAUAAAUAUCAUGAGCUUCUUUUAGCCGAAUGUGGGCAACAAAUUACCGAUGUCUUUGUCAACGACACUUGUGAGCAGAUGAUGAUGAAAAAGGAGUCCGAUUACCAGGCAAAUGUUCUUUUAUUCCAUCUUCAGACCUCAGAUAUAAUGCCAGCUUUUCCUUAUAUUGCUCCAUUCUCUUCCAUGGUACCUGAAUGCUGCCGCAUUGUUCGCUCAUUUAUUAAGGAUUCAGUAAAUUACUUGUCUUAUGGGUUGCAGAUUGAUUUUUUUGACUUUGUAAGGAAGUACCUGGACAAACUCUUGAUUGACGUCUUGAACGACGUUGCAAUUAACACGAUUUACAGCGGUACCAUUGGUGCAUCUCAGGCAAUGCAGAUUGCUGCAAACCUAGCUGUUUUAGAAAGGGCUUGUGAUUAUUUUCUUCAGCAUGCUGCCCAACAAUGUGGAAUCCCUGUCCGAUCAGUCGAUAGGCGUCAAGGUAGUUUGACAGCCAAAAUUGUUCUUAAAACAUCAAGGGAUGCUGCUUAUCUUGCUCUACUCAAUCUCGUAAACUCCAAGUUAGACGAGUUUAUGUCGCUUAAAUCGAACAUAAAUUGGACUUCUGAAGAUGUACCCCAGCAUGCAAAUGAGUACAUAAACGAGGUUAUUAUAUAUCUCGACACUGUUCUCGCCACUGCUCAACAAAUCUUACCAUUGGACGCUUUAUGUAAAGUUGGGAGUGGUGCUCUUGAGCACGUUUCUAAUUCUAUUGUGGAAGCUUUUCUCAGUGAUAGUGUAAAAAGGUUUAAUGCAAAUGCAGUCAUGAGCAUUAACCAUGAUCUAAAGUCAUUGGAGUCAUUUGCAGAUGAUAGGUUUCAGAGUACUGGAUUGCUUGCAAUAUACAAAGACGGUAGUUUUCGAGAUUGCUUGAUAGAAGCCAGACAAUUGAUAAACCUUCUCUUGAGCUGUCAACCUGAAAAUUUUAUGAAUCCAGUAAUAAGACAGAGGAACUACAAUGCUUUGGACUACAAAAAGGUGGCUAUUAUAUGUGAUAAAUUCAAGGAUUCGCCAGAUAGACUUUUUGGUAGCCUUUCGAAUAGAAACUCAAAGCAAAGUGCCCAAAAGAAGUCCAUGGACACACUAAAGAAACGACUGAAGGAUUUCAACUGA